AUGCGAGCGUUUAACCUGCCGCAUCGAGCAUCCUAUAUCGUCAUCAAGAACUCGAGCGGCAAAUAUUACGUACAGCGCCGCACGAUGAUCAAGGACUAUUUUCCAGGGAAGCUGGAUCCAAUGGCCGGUGGGGUUGUGCAGUACGGGGAGCCUAUGGACGUGAACGCUGAGCGCGAAGCUGAAGAAGAAAUGGGCGUCAAGAAUACACCUCUGCGUUAUCUGACGACGUUCUACUACGGGGACGACCACAGUCGAGUCUGGGGCGGGCUUUUCGACUGCACAUUCGACGGUCCACUCGUGCUUCAGGAAGAAGAAGUUGACGAGGUCCUCACUAUGAGUGCAGAUGAGAUCUUUGCUCGUCGCAACGAAUUUACACCUGACGGCAUCUUCGCGUUCGAGAAAUACUUGAGGCUGAUUGAGCCGGAAUCAAAAUAA